AUGCCUUCCGUCAAGAACAUCGUCUACGCCCUCUUCGUCGCUGCCGACCUCGCAGCUGCUCACAGUGUCAUCACCAACGCCGUUGGCGACGCUGGCGGCUCCGGCAUGGCUCUCGGUGUCGACACCUCCACUCCCCGUGACGGUACCCGCCGCCGUCCUUUCCAGACUGACGCCACCCGCUUCCGUGGCCAAUCUGCCGAGACCGUCGGUGAGACUCUCGCCGGUGGUGACAACAAUGUCGAGCAGGGCACUGUCGACAUCAUGGAGGAGACUGGCGAUCAGCUUCCCCAGGUCAGCCAGGGUGGCAGCAUCGAGAUGACUGUUCACCAGGUCAACUCUGACGGUGCCGGUCCUUAUACCUGCAUGAUCAACUCCGAUGGUACUGGUAACUCUUGGGAGAACAUCCCUGUUACUCAGAAUGUUGAAGGCAACGACCGUGGCCGCAACCGAGAUGGUGAGAUGGGCGACUUCCCUCUCGUCGCCUCCAUUCCUGCUGGACAGGAGUGCACAGGUACCGUCGCUGGUGAGGACAAUGUCUGUCUUGUUCGAUGCCAGAACCCUGCUCGAGCUGGUCCUUUUGGUGGUGUCGUUCCCGUUCAGAUGACCCAGUCUACCGGUGGUAACACCAACAACAACACCGGCAAUGCCAACAGCGGUAACACCAACAACAACGACGACAACACCAACACUGGCAACACUGGCAACAACGCUGGCAACAGCGGUAACACCAACAACAACGACGACAACACCAACACUGGCAACACUGGCAACAACGCUGGCAACACCGGAAACAACAACAACAACGCUGCUGACGAGGAUGAGGAGGAUAACACCACUGGAAACACUGGAAACAACAACAACGCUGGUGAUGAUGAGGAUGAGGAGGACAACACCGCCAACACCCGAGGCAACCGCAACAACCGCCGCGCUCUUCGCUUCGCUGCUUAA